AUGGGGCCCCCGGGCAAUAGGGGAUCAUGGGGCCCCUGUGUCCUUGCCCAAACUCAAAAUAGCCUAUGAAAAAGGACAGAGAAAACUGGGUAAUAGACUUAACCAUUCCCUUCCCAAUCCAAGCAAGACAACAUUUAUUGGCUUUAUAUGCAAAUUAUAAUACUCCUGAGCAGGGGUGGACUGACAACUCUUGGGGCCCCCGGGCAAUAGGGGAUCAUGGGGCCCCUGUGUCCUUGCCCAAACUCAAAAAAGCCUAUGAAAAAGGUACCAGGGGCAUCUCAUGGGGCCCCCUACUGACCCCAGGCCCUCUGGCAGUGCCCAAGUUUCCAAAUGGUCAGUCCGCCCCUGCUCCUGAGUGUAUUAUUAUUUACACUCUAAAA